AUGCCUGCAGUCACCCAAGAUGGACAAUUUGACGAUGCCCCAGAAGUUCCCGAUCCCCGCGCAGGCUUCUUCUACAUCGACUCAUUCGAAGAAAGCGACGAUAUCUCUGAAGAUGAAGUAUAUGAAAAUGAAGACAUCGAUGACAUCUACCAGGAUGAUCGCGUAGAGGACGAAGACUGGGAGAUUGCUGAGCGAGACUUCACCAAACAGUACAACAGACUACGACAACAUGUAGCCGUUCGUUCUGGGAAUGCACAAGGUGCAAUCUCAGCGCUGAAUCAGUCCACAUCUGUCGCCGCUCUACCUGCAAUAAAUCAUCCCCGAUCUGGCACUACUACUGCAUCCAUAUCUAGUCCUGUAGUCAAAGAUAAAACUACGGAUCAGCUAGCAGCCCUAUCGAAGUAUAACUCGAGGCUAGCGAAAAUUGAUGUGCCUUACUUUCUGGGUGUAGGUAUAAACCGGAAGGGACCCAGCGCGUCUGCAAAUUUGAAGGACAAGUCGGACAGGGCUACAAACGAACAAGUUCUGGAUCCCAGAACUCGUCUCAUCCUCUUCAAAAUGAUCGGGCGAGAGUUAAUUCACGAAGUAAAUGGAUGUGUUAGUACUGGAAAAGAGGCUAAUGUUUAUCAUGCAUUGACACCAGACUCAAAUCAUUUAGCUCUCAAAAUCUACAAAACCUCUAUCCUUGUGUUCAAAGACAGAGACAAGUAUGUUACUGGAGAGUAUCGUUUCCGACGGGGGUAUAGCCGCAAGAAUCCUCGUAAAAUGGUUCGCCUUUGGGCCGAAAAAGAGAUGCGGAAUCUCAAACGAUUGGUCUCUGCUGGUGUACGCUGCCCAGACCCCAUUGAGGUUAGGGAAAACGUCUUAGUGAUGACCUUUCUGGGAGAUAAAGAAGGCUGGGCCUCUCCGAGACUGAAGGAUGCUCAACUCACACUUGAAGAAUCUAUCAAUCUGUAUGUGGAGCUGAUCCUGGUCGUCCGAAAGAUAUUUCAGCAGUGCAAACUCGUACACGCCGAUCUUUCUGAAUAUAACAUCUUGUUUCACGAAGGUCAUCUCUGGAUUAUCGAUGUCUCCCAAAGCGUCGAACAGGAUCAUCCGUCUGCCUUCGACUUUCUGCGUAAAGAUUUGAGCAAUGUCGAGGAAUUUUUCGGUCGCCUGGGAGUUAGGUGCUUGGGCCUUAGGCGUGUAUUUGAAUUCGUCAUUACAGAUAACCUUCCCCGUUCCAGCGAAGCGCUGUCCGACGAGGACAUCCUGCGAAUCUGGAUAGAAGAAGGUUUAAAUCCAGAGAAUGCUGCUUCAGAAGAUUUAGAGUCAUCGGCUGCCCACGAGGACUCUGUCUUCAAAGAGUCUUACAUCCCUCGUACUCUCAACGAGCUCUUCGAUCCUGAGCGGGACGUCGCUGCAGUAAACCGCGGGGAAGGGACCAAACUUAUUUACGCAGGGACCAUAGGUCUGGUAGACCCCUCAUCCAGUACUAACGACCCCGAGCGAUUGCAGUCAUCUAGGAGCGCCCGUGCCAAUAUGAGCCGCACCGGUGGUGCGGUUGACAAAAUUGAAAACGUUUCCGCUUCGGAAUCAGAUAAAGAGUCAGACGACAGUGACAACGACACCGAUUCCGCGGGUGUGUACUCGGAACGUAAACCUCGGGGGCAUCGACAUGAGGACCGGGAAGCAAAAAAGGUUGGUUUCACACCGAGUUGA